AUGCCUGAUGCGCAUGCGCACAGAUUUGUGAAUCGUGUGGCGCUCACACGAACUCUCUUUAAUCUUUUCUUCACAUUUCCUCUCUUUCUUAUCCUACUUAUUUUUUCUUUUUCUUUUUCUUUUUUUUUUUUUUUACUCGGGCCUUCUUAUCCAACAAGUUUUUCUUUUCUCUCUUUCUUUUUAAAUUUACUGUGUCUGUUAAUCGUUUUUUCUCUUUUUUUUCUGCCAUCCAUUUUAUCCAUCUUUUUGCUGCCAUCCAUUUUAUCUCUCAUCAAGAAAGAAAGUCAUGACUACCUAUUUUUGAAGAACGUAACACAUUCUCGAUAUUUUUCUUUUCUUUUCGUUUUUUUUUUAUUCUCCUUUCUUUUCUAUUUCACCCUGUACUUAUUCUUACCACUUCUUCUUCUUCUUCUUUUUCUUUUCCUUCUCUUUCUUCUUCUUCUUUUUCUUUUUCUUCUUCAUACUCGUACUCACGCUCGAAUUCUCAUUGUCACCCACUCUCUCGUUUCUUACUUCCAUUGUAUCUGUUUCUAUUCUUUCUCCUUCUGCUUCUUCUUUUCUUAUUGUUGUUGUACUUGGCGUUGGUAUUAUGUGAUUUUCUUUCUUUCUCUCUCCCUCUCCUCCUCUCUCUCUCUCUCUCUCUCUCUCUCUCACAUACACACACACUCUCUCUCUCUCUCUCUUAUCUGGCUCCCUCUUUAUUAUUAUUAUUAUUAUUACUUUUCUUUCCUUACAUCCUUUUUCUUACUUUUCGACGCUCAUAUCUAUCUAUCUAUCUAUCUAUCUAUCUAUCUAUCUAUCUAUCUAUCUAUCUAA